CUCUUCUCAAGGUUACAGCUCAGAUCUGUGGACGCGAUGGGGACGCUGGUGGUUACGUUUUGCGUCUUGGCUGCGCUGGAAGUGGGAUGUCGGCCGCUCUCCUCUUCUUCCCUGAAAGAAGCAAAGGUGGAGUGCAUCAUUCAGCAGACUCUGAGCGGAGAUGACACGCAGGACCAGUGUGUGCCACAGUUAGCAGAGGAGCUGCAGCAGGUCCAGAGGCAUCAUGGUCUGCUCCAGGAGCUGCAGGACCUCGCCCAGCGCGAGAGAAAACGUGAGCGAGACGAGGAAGACGAGGAUGAAGAAGAGGAGGAUGACGGAGAGGAGGAGGGAUACAACAUGGCCGACGGCGAUGAGGACGACGACUUUGACGAAGAAGACGAGGAUGAUGAAGAUGAAGACACAGACUCUGACAGAAAUGAACAGGAGGAGGUGAAGGAGAUCCAAGAUGGCCGACAGGAGGGAGAGGAGGAGGAGGAUGAGGUGAAGGAGCUGAUGAAGGAGGCCAAAAAGACGGAGGAGGUGGAGCAGAGGAGGAAGGCGGAGGUGGAGUUGUUGAUGGAGAAGAGGAAGGUGCAGAGGGAGCUCCAGGAUCUGCAGAAGAAACCCACAGCGGAGGGAGAGAAGGAGGUGCAGAGGAAGACCGAGGAGCUGAAGGAGCUGGAGGCAAAGAUGCAGAGAGUCAGAGAGGAGGAGAAGCAGAGGAAGACCGAGCCCAGCGCACCUCCUCAGAGUCAGACAGACAGAGAGGAGCAGAGGAAGAGCGGAGGAGAGGAGGAGCAGAGGAAGAGCAGCGCAGAGGAGCACCCAACAGAGAGAGAGCUGUUGGAGAUCGAGGCGGAGCUGCGUAAAGUGGCUGGAGAGCUCAGGGCGCUGCGUCGAGGAUAA